CUCCAGCCUCGUUGUUUGUUACACCCCCUCCUACAUCUCACCCUGUGCGCGUGUAUUUCAGCUUGCAUUCCUUUUCCUCACCAGACCAUAUCUUCCCACCAACAUCUCCACGGCUCAAUUGGACAGAACUGACGCGUCUAUUCGUCUACGUUCCGCCGCCGGGCUCAGCCCGCGAUUACAAGAUGCAUUUGCGUCAGACCCUCCUCAACUUCUACCGGUCACGAGUUGAAAGUGGAAACUCCAAAACUGUCGAGUCUUCAGAUUCUCGCCCUGUGCUCGCUCGUUCUACAAGCUCUACGUUUUCAGAGGAUGACCUAGACACCAUCGUCGUCAUUCCAAGACCCGCCAGACCACAACAACUCCCUACGCCCUCCGAGAGCUCCCUCGACGUGUCUGUUCAAGAUGCCCAAGUCGCAACUAUGAAACAAGUGCCGAAAGGCCGAGCCCGACGCGUUAGUUCGAGGCUGACCAAGACACAAAGCCACAAUGCUAUUGUGGGAGAUGUAGAAGAUGAGGACCUCAAAGGAAGGACUGUCAGCGGUGAAACCUUGGUUAACAUGGACAACACAAGCCAGUCAACACUGGUCAAGGAAGGUAUCGCCGCAUUGGACUUGCCGUGGAACGUGAGCGAGGUGUUUACAAAGCAAGGCAAGGCAGAUAUGCUGGGUGGGAAGAAUAGCGCUGUGCAUGGGUCCAGAAGAGCAUCGACAGUGACUGCGGAAGAUGCAGAGGAACAGCGUCUCCGAGCAGAAAAGUCUGCUGCGAAGAAGGCCAAAAUGGCCGAGAACAAUAAAAUAUGGGAGCAACGGCGCAAGGCUGCAGAGAAGCGAGCUACAAGAAGAUCGUCUAGGAUGCCCGUCCUGGAUAAGGCGGGAGAGGUCGUGUCGAGCAUUGCUAAUAGCGUGCUUGGGAAAAGGAAGGCCAGAGCAUCGGAAUCGCGCAACGGAGCACGAUCAAAAAGCUUGGGAGGCAUAGAGCAAGCUGCUCAAGAACCCGUUGCGAAGAAGAGACGCGUCAGCGAGGGUGAUAUCGCCCGUGAGGAGGUUGCCCAACCAAAAGCAUCCAUCCGACGGCGGGAAAAGAAAUGGCUUACAUCAGGGCUCUACGCUGGCCAGUCCAGGGGGACCGAUAUACGUCCUACCAACAGCAAAAGCAGACGCAAGAGCGUGGCUCUUUCGGAACCUGUCAAGGAAAACUCCGUGCUGCCUCUGCCAAUGUUCGCCGGCGAGCGCCUGAUGAGUUACGGUCGAGACUUCAAGCUACCUUUCGACAUCUUUUCUCCCGUUCCCGCUGGUCAGCCGAAGCCCGACGAGUGGAGAAAGGUUAACAAAAACGUCUUUGUUGGUGAUGCGGCCCAAGCAUGGCGAGUGUCAAAGUACGAGGAGCAUUCAAGCUGUUUGUGCAAGCCUGAGACGGGUUGCGACCAGAAUUGCAUUAAUCGAUACAUGUACUAUGAAUGUGACAGCCGGAACUGUAACCUGAAAACAGAAGAUUGUGGGAACCGGGCGUUUGAAAACCUCCAGCGACGGGUCAAGAAAGGUGGCAAGUACAACAUUGGCGUGGAGGUGAUUAAGACGGAGGACAGGGGAUAUGGCGUGCGAAGCAAUCGGACGUUUGAGCCAAAUCAGAUCAUCGUGGAGUAUACGGGAGAGAUUAUCACUCAGGAGGAGUGCGAGCGUCGUAUGAAGACGAUGUACAAACAUAAUGAGUGCUAUUAUCUGAUGCUCUUUGAUCAGAACAUGAUCAUUGAUGCCACCCGAGGAUCCAUUGCACGGUUCGUCAACCAUUCUUGCGAACCCAAUUGCAGGAUGGAAAAGUGGACGGUCAAUGGCAAACCCCGAAUGGCACUGUUCGCAGGCGACCGAGGUAUCAUGACCGGAGAAGAACUCACUUAUGACUACAACUUCGAUCCUUAUUCACAGAAGAAUGUCCAAGAAUGUCGCUGCGGAUCCCAAAAGUGCCGUGGAGUGUUAGGACCAAGAUCCAAGGAGGAGCGAAAGCCAAAGAGUCCUGAGAAGGAGACAAGCAAGAGCCGCAGCAAACUGGCGGGUGCGAAACGAAAGAUCGCGGAGGUUAUAGAGGAGGGCACCAGCCGAAUCACGAAGAAGACCAAAAUUGCUGCUGCACCGAAAGGGAAGGGCUCAAGUCGCUCACAGUCCAGCAGCCCGGUCAAGGUGCGAAAGAUGAAGCUCAUCAAGAAAGCUGUGACGCGAAAGACCAGUGCGACGGUGGUGGGCGGUCUUUCCAGACGUCCCUCGAAACUCAAGACUCUCGUCGCGAGUGCUAAGAGCAAGGCAGUCAAGCGCAGAGUUGUGUCCACUUCGUCGUCGACCGCUUUGAUUGCGAAGAAAAGCCCAAAAAGAGCUGCUCCAGCGACUGUCAGCCGUUCGUCAAGCCUGCGGGAGAAGGCAUCUAGUGUCAAGAGCCGAGUCGUGAGAAGCGUUCGCACCACUCAGAGAGUGAGGACUAAGACUGUUCGAGCGAUUGAGGCUGAAGAAGGGGCUUCAUGAGGACGACGCCUAGUGAGGAGGGAAGAUUUGAUGCCCCUAUGUUGUAUGAGAGAUCCACGGGAAGGUGGAAGGGCUAUGGCAAGGUCAUGUUGUUCAAUUCCAAGCAGUAGUUGGCUCUUGUAUAGACUAAGGCCUCACCAAUUGCUGCGGAUACCGAGGCUGGUCUGUGUUGUGGACUGCGGACUUCUCCUUUGAUCGACGAUAGUGCGGAGACUUGAUGCCAUGAACCACCACGAAGCGCGUGCCUGGAGGCUGGAGAU